AUGGUGAAGGUUUCAAGAGCAGAUGCAAGAGUCAAGAAUGGAGGCCAUAGUAAUUCAGGAGAUUUGAAGCUACCUCGACUGGUCCUCCGAGAGACCAAAGUCAAGCGCCGUCUGCUCCAUCCUGUGCCAGAUUCAGUAAAAUUGGCCCAGCUCCGUCAGUACCUGCGCCAGACACCUGCGCAGCCUGCAGAGGGAGCUGGGCCAGAUGCUGUGGCAGACAUUACCUCUAGGGUGAGGCUGCUACACCUCCCCGAUAUUGUACCAGUUGACACAUUCCAUAUUGAAAAGAUGUCAACAGCCUUUGCUGUGUGUGAGGCUAACAAUGUGAUUGUGAGAGCAGAGGAGCAAGCCACUGCAAAGAAUGGGUUGGGAUUCCACAAACCAGAUCUUCUCUGUACUUGCAAUAUGUGUGAGUCAUUCAAUAUGAAGGCACCUAAACUUCUCUACCGCAAACAACUAGAAAAGAAUGCUAUGGGGGUGACCCCCCGGCUGCUGACACAGCUACAGCUCAAUCAGCAGAUGAACAUGUUGCGCGCCAUGCAGGACCUGUCACCAAUUCAAAUGUACUCCAGUAGAAUGAUUCGCUUCAAACUGAUGCAGAACCACCGCCGGCAGACCAUGCCAAUGCGACUGGCACAAAGUUCCUCAAGCACACCCACUGUUCCAUACUCAACAGCCGACAUUCUAUAUGGAAAUGAAGUGCGGCAGUCUCCACAAGUAGAUGAUAUUCGACAAAACAGUUUUACUGACUAUAAUCCAAAGGAUCGAGAGCGGCUAAGUUCUCGUGACCUAAGUGAUCAAAGUGGAAGGAGACCAGGGAGCAAAGGAGGCUCUCGAAAGUCUCUGUCCAUAGAGAAAGUGUCAUUUGGAAAGGAGAGUGAGGACAAUCUACGCCCUAUACUUCCUUCUACCAAGCAGACCAACCAGUAUCGCCCUAAUGGUCUGCGUUCCUCACUACUCAAAGGAGAGCCUCUGUUCAGCUCCAGAAGUCAUACCUCAGGGAAGGAUGCUGACGAACUUAUAGCAAUGGGCACCAUUUGGAGUCCUGGUACUCAACAGACACAGCAGCCACCUCAGAAAAUCUUCUCAGGGCCCUCCCAAUCAGCCAAUGGUCCAGGCAAGACUGUCACCGUGGGAACAGGUUCUAAUAGUUCCACUACCUUGUCUCAGACAAGAAAGUAUGGCUCCAAUGUCAAACCCAUCAUGGUACAGAAUGCUCCAGCCUCAGGCAUGAAGAACAAUAUCAAGGACGGUAAGCUGGAACCUAAAUACACAGACCCCCUUGUUGGUGCUCCCGCAUCCUUUCAGCAAAGACUGAUGGAAUUAAGUGCCCUUGAGGCAGAGACAGUAAGAUAUGAAAGGAGUAAAAAAGUGAAAAAGAAGGUGAAGCAGGACCGUGAUUCUUGAUUCAGACUACUACCAUUAAUGAGCCAAAGUUAAUUAUUGAUCAUCACGAAGCAUGUUGUCUGUGAUAUGUUGCCCAGGAAUUAAGGCAUUAUAAUUGUGAUAUUGGAUGGUAGUGACCAGUGUACAGGAAGACUGGCCAGACUGCUGAUUAAAAAAGAGCAUACAGUAAAUA